ACUCGGUCGCUGCGGUGGCGGUGCCUGCGCUGGCGGUGGCUGCGGGAGGGCUGGGCCUCUCUCUUGGUGGGCCUCUUUGCGUGUUCGUUCCGCUCGUCUACCAUCGUCUGCGUGGCCCCUGGUAGCCCGUCACACUCUCCUCCCUGGGGCCGCUGGCUGGACGGCAGCUGGCAGAGCGAUAGGCACCUCACCCCGAUUCCCCUCCCCCUGCUCCGUUGUCUCGCCUGCGCUAGGCUGGGCGGCGGGGUCAGGGGCCGAGCGGAGCGGGUUAUCAAUUAGUAUGGAAGAAGAUGAGUUCUUUGGAGAAAAAACAUUCCAGCGUUUUUGUGCAGAAUUCAUUAAACAUUCACGGCAGAUAGGUGAUGGCUGGGAAUGGAGAACUUCGAAGGAUUGUUCUGAAGGCUACAUGUGCAAAACAUAUUUUCAAAUUAAACCUGGGACAGUGGUGUCACAUCUGGGAACAUCUGCCCAUGUACAGACAUGUCUUCCCACAGAGGAGGCUUUAGAGCUACCCCUGGAUGAUUUUGAAGUGACUGACACCACAACGGGAAGCGAAGUGAUUAAAUAUGAGUAUCAUGUCUUAUACUCCUGUAGCUACCAAGUGCCUGUGCUUUACUUUAGGGCAAGCUUUUUAGAUGGAAGACCGUUAGCUCUGAAGGACAUAUGGGAAGGAAUCCAUGAGUGCUAUAAGACACAGAUGCUGCAGGAGCCAUGGGACACCAUUACCCAACAGGAGCAUCCAAUACUUGGGCAACCCUUUUUUGUACUUCAUCCCUGCAAGACGAAUGAAUUCAUGACUCCUGUAUUAAAGAAUUCUCAAAAAAUCAAUAGGAGUGUCAAUUAUAUCACAUCAUGGCUGAGCGUUGUAGGGCCAGUUGUUGGGCUAAAUCUACCUCUGAGUUAUGCCAGAACAGCCUCUCAGGAUGAAUGAAAUGUCACUUGACAAGGUACAUACUAAAUAUUUUUCAUUUGAUCUAUUCUGACAAGUUUUACUUCAGUCUUAGAUGUUAAAGCAUCUUUGGGUUCUUGUCCUCUGCUGCUUCUCCUGAGGUGGAGCUUUACACCCUCUUUCGGAUUAUGCCUUUGCCAGUGACACUGAGGAAUUUUCCUCUAAAAUGGCCCACUCUUGAACCCUCUUACACUGUUGGUGGGAACGCAAGCUGGUGCAGCCACUCUGGAAAACAGUAUGGAAGUUCCUCAAGAAGAUAAAAAUAGAGCUACCCUACAACCCAGCAAUUGCACUACUGGGUAUUUACCCCAAAGAUACAAAUGUAGUGAUCUGAAGGGGCACAUGCACCCCAAUGUUUAUAGCAGCAAUGUCCACAAUAGCCAAAUUGUGGAAACAGCCGAGAUGUCCAUUGACAGAGGAAUGGAUAAAGAAGAUGUGGUUCAUAUAUACAAUGGAAUAUUACUCAGCCAUCAGAAAAGAUGAAUACCUACCAUUUACAUCAACAUGGAUGGAAUCGGAGAGUAUUAUGCUGAGCGAAAGAAGUCAAUCACACGCACACAAAUAUGCAGGCACACAUGCAUGCAUAUUAUGUCACAGGCAAGAAAAAGAAGAGUAUAGUGGCAGAAAAAAAAAACCUACCUAAUUAUAACACUAAAAAAUGUAUAAAAUACUGAAAGGACAAAAUCAAUUAUUGCAUAUAGAAUUAAAAGGGUUGGAAAAUAAAACUGGGAAUCUAAAGAGGGGGAAAGUUGUCCUACUUACCUGCAAAUGUACACAAAACAGCACCUGAAGCUGUCAAACUAUAUAGAAAAAAGUAUAAAGACUUACAGUAAACAUGGAUAAAUUCACAAAGCUGAUGGGGCAAAAUGAUAUGACAAGACAAUCUAUUUCAUAUCACUGUUUCCAAAGCAGGUGUUAAUGGACAAAACAUGUUUCAACAUGUUUCUCUCAACUUUUCUCAGCUGUGAUUGAAAUGAAAUAUUAUUUAAAAUGUGUUUUCCUGGGGCGCCUGGGUGGCUCAGUCGUUAAGUGUCUGCCUUCGGCUCAGGUCAUGAUCCCGGGGUCCUGGGAUUGAGCCCCGCAUUGGGCUCCCUGCUCAGCGGGAAGCCUGCUUCUCCCUCUCCCACUCCCCCUGCUUGUGUUUCCUCUCUCAUUGUGUCUCUCUCUGUCAAAUAAAUAAAUAAAAUCUUAAAAAAAAUAAAAUGUAGUUUCCUUUGCCCACUAUUGUAGAUUUAAACAUUGGCUGAUUGGUAAAAGAGGUAAGGAAGCAUAAUGUUUUCGUUAGCAUCUAAACUUAUUUGAAAAUUUGGGUAUGUUCAAUCUUUUUUUUAAAGGAAAUCUUUUUUUUUUUUUUUUUUUUUUAGAUUUUGUCUAUUUGACACAGAGGGAGAGAUAGCACAAGCAGGGGGAGCAGCAGGCAGAGGGAGAGGGAGAAGCAGGCUCUCCACUGAGCAAGGAGCCCAACAUGGGGCUCGAUCCCAGGACCCUGGGAUCAUGACCUGAGCCGAAGGCAGCCGCUUAACCGACUGAGCCACCCAGGCGCCCCGGGUAUAUUCAAUGUGUUCUGCACUUUAUCCCAGCCAAGUAACUUGACCUCUUGUUGUUUCUAAUGAACCACAGCAAAUGAGAUUUUAGAAAGCUAGACUUAAAAAAAAAGAAACAAAAACUACUCAUUGUGAGUAGGUUAAAGAACAUUCAUGUCAAUAACUUAUUACCACAAAUAAUCAAGCAGAUCACUGGUAAGGACCUGUGGAAGGUACUUCUCUGGAAGCUGUGAAGGGGUGAUCUGGGGCCAUGAUUUCCUCCUCUCCCUCCUGAGAGAGCAGCUCUCCUUGGCACUCGAAUUGCUGUUUGAAAGCUUUAGGUUGUCUGGGAAGCAGAAUGUGUUACAGGAAGGGAUCUUGAUGGUGCUCAUUAUGUCUGACUAAAGGUCCAAGGUUUUCUGUGUGUGAGGGGCCCCCUGAUUUUUGAAGAUACACACCACAUAUUAAAGGCUUGAGUGACAACCUGAAUGAGGCGGUGACUGUGCUUAUGCAGAUUUGGAAAUGUUAUCUGUGGCUCAUGAGUCCCUUCAAAUGUGUCACUCUAAAAAUGACUUUCUUGGGGCACCUGGGUGGCUCAGUCGUUAAGCAUCUGCCUUCAGCUCAGGUCAUGAUCUCAGGGUCCUGGGAUCAAGCACAUCAGGCUCCCUGCUUGCGAGUCUGCUUCUCCCUCUGCCUGCCGCUCCCCCUGCUAUGCUCUCUCUCUCUUUCAAAUAAAUAAAUAAAAUCUUUAAAAAAAAAAAUAAAAAUGACUUUCUCCUAUGAGACAAUUUAUGCCCCCAAACAUACAAUUUUAAUGUUUUAAUGCUUUGGUCUAGAACCCCUGUGGUCAUGUUUUCAUGAUAAUAAAGUUUAAAAUCCACUUUUCUUCCUCACAUACUAACAAACAUAGUAACAUCACUUUACCAAAUAAUGUGGACAGGAAUUGUGCUAGAAACUAAGAAUGCUCAGUACAACCUGCCAAGACAAUCCCCCAACUAUAAUGUCAUAAGAACUGUGAGCUAAUACUUGAAUGAGCCAUUUAAACAGAUUUUAUAGGCUAAAAUAAAGAUUUUACAAGCCACUGUUAGUGAAAAAUUUAUAGUAAUAUGGUAAUUUAUGAUCUUGGCCUCUUUUCUUGACUGUGCAAAAGCCAAGAGAAACGUUAGCUGCUUGGACAACCUUGAAACAGACUCCAGGAGUGUUAUCCACAGCAUGACCAUUAUGACCAAAUCCUGCCACCAGACAAAGGAAAUUCAUGUAUUUUGUAACAGGACCAUUUGUUCCCUUACUUUUGAGAUUAGAAAGUUCUUUAUGUACUUUUGAUACAAGUCUGUUGUUGAUAUAUGAUUUGCAAAUAUUUUUGUCUGGUCUGUGGUUUGUAUUUUCAUCCUCUUAAGAUCUUUCAGAGUAAAAUUUUUAAAAAGUCCAAUAUAUACUUUUUUGUGUGUGUGUGUGUGGAAUGUACUUUUGGUGUAUUGUUUAAAAGCUCUUCACCUAACUGUUAAGUCAUGACUCAGUUUUCUUCUACAAGUUUUAUAGCUUUACAUUUUAUUCAGAUACUGUGAUCCAUUUUGAAUUAAUUUUUUGUAUAAGGUGUGAGAUUUAGGUUGAGGUCCAUCCUUUUUUGCAAAUGAAAGUUGAUACUAUUUAUUGUAAAAACUAUGCUUCCUCCAUUGAAUUGCUUUUGUAUCUGUCAAAAAUCAGUUGGUCUUACCUGUAUUGUCUAUUUAUGGAUUCUAUUUUAUUGAUCUGUGUCUGUCCCUCCUUCAAUACCACACCUUCUCGUGUGUAGCUACAAAUUAAGUCUUAAAACCAAGUUUUGUGAUUCCUCCACCCUUUAUUCUUCAUAUUCAGUAUUGUUUUAGCUAUUCUAGUUCCUUUGCCUUUUCAUAUUUUAGAAUUAGCUUUUCUUUUUUUUUUUUUUUUUAAGACUUUAUCUGAAAGAGAGUGCCAGAGAGCACACAAGCAGGGGAGUUAUCAGAGGGAGAGGGAGAAGCAGGCUCCCCGCUGUGCAAGGAGCCCAAUGUGGGACUCCAUGCUAGGACCCUGGUAUCAUGACCUGAGCUGAAGGCAGAUGCUUAACCAACUGAGCCACCCAGGCGCCCCUAGCUUUUCUAUUUCAAUAGGAAAAAAACCAUCUGCUGGGAUUUUGCUUAUAUUUUGCAGCCAGGUGUCUCAUUUCUCUGACCCUACAGCCUCCAUGUGCAGUUGGGCACAGUGCAGGGCUGGGCACACACUUCAUGCUGGAAUCCGGAUCCAAGAAGGGACAGCUUCUGUCACAAGGUGGUGGGGGAUGGGGGCAGAAUGAGCUAUAAGGAGGCAGAUUCGUUUCAAAAACUUCGGGGUUUGGGGCAUCUGAGGUGGAUUUGUGUCAAUCUGUCAGUCACUUAGCUAUAGGACAGGCAUCCAGGGUACACCCAGCAGACAAGUGUGAGCCACUGUCACAGGUCUUAACUCCCAAGUGUGUUGUUCUCUACAGGUUUGGCUGAGGUCUCAAUAGGGAAGAAACAGGAUACUGUAGAGGAGUGGGUGGGUGUUGGUGCCACCCCAUCCUUUAGCUCUGCCUUCUACCCCCUGCAUGGCCAGGCAGCACCUCCUAGCUCCCUGCACUGCAGCUGACUCACUGCUGACCCCUGGGGAUGGAAUCCUGUGGCCCUUGGUGGCCUCUUGUGGUUCAGGCCCUGGGGGGAGGAGGGGGUAGUGUGAGACCCAGAGAUCUACUGGGUUGGGUUAGCUAUGGCCAUCCGAAAGCAUCUGGUCAGCCUUUGAGAAUGACUUAACCAAUACCUGUUCAACUACAUACACUACUAAGCCCUGGAAUAGAAACCAAGGAACAGCCCAUCUUAUCACCAGCAUAAAUUAUCAAAUUAACAUGUACCAUUUUGGCUCCGUUGAUUAAGCAACUGCCUUUGGCUCAGGUCAUGAUCCCGGGGUCCUGGGAUGGAGCCCCGCAUUGGGCUCCCCCUGCUCGCUCUGUGGGGAGCCUGCUUCUCCCUCUCCCUGCCACUCCCCCUGCCUGUGCUCUCAAAUAAAAUCUUAAAAAAAAAAGUUCUAUGUCAAACUUUGUAUUUCAAUUAAAAAAAAAGCCACUCUCCAUCCUUGUGGAAAGACAAAUCACAACAAUCAUUCGUGGCAAGAAUAAGCACAAGUGUGACAUGUUUGGGGAUCAGCGAGGUCUGAGAUGGAAGCAGCAGGCGGCAUGAGAUACCUCCUGAAACUGCACCGGGAAUGCAAGUUUGAGCACGGGAGAGAUCAGUAUUGCUGGAGCAGGUAAGGACCAGACAAGACACAGAUCUUACGUCCUGUGUACAGGAUCAUGGUCUUGACCUUAUGGGAAAUGGAAAGCCAAAGAAUUUCCAUUUUCCAAGAUCCUAAACAUAACCUAAUACUAGGCUUUGAUCAAAGAGCAAGUAACUCACAUUUAUUAAUGCAGCCUACAGCAGUUCCUCUGGUAAGUUUCAAGAAAGCUACUAAGUUUCAUUUUAGACCCCAGAUUUUACCAUUUUUCUCCUAAGGAAAUUUUGCAGCAAUUUACCUACAGAGAACAAACUGAUGGCUACCAGAGGGGAGGUAGACGGGGGAAGGGUAAAGUGAUGGAGAUUAAGGAGUGUACUUGUCAUGAUGAGCACCAAGUGAUGUAUGGAAUGGUUUAACCACUAUAUUGUACACCCAUCUCCCAGCAAUUAUCAAGCUACAACCCUUCUCCACUGUUUCUAACUAAUCACUUAUACUUUGUGCCUUGAAAUAAACCUCAAGUUCAAAAUCUAUUCACACUUACUGACAGUCAGUACAAAGAGCAUUUAGGCAAUCUUUUAUAGCUGAACACCCUUGCUCUUAAACAAGUUUCCUGAGUCUUAAUUUUCCAGGUGUACACUUCCAUUAAUGCCUAUCUACUCAAUCACCCAGUGCCUUACCUGCUGUCAUAAACACAGAAUUACAACAUGAAUCAUGAACCUUUACUCACAUCCCAGAGCAGGGAGCAACUGGAAGGUGGGUCCCCAGGGAGAUGGAUCCCAGAACGUACAUUACCAUGGUUUCCCAACAUGAUUCCUGCUUUAAGUGUAGUGAGUUUUUAAAGCCCUCUAUACAGGGAUACCAUGCAUUUAUUCCAGAUUAUCUAUUUUGUUUAUUCCAUGAAAAGGAGAAUAACUAUGAAUCCCGUUUACUCUAGAGAAUUCUGAAUUCACAGUAUUUCCACUCUCCUAAAAUGGUAAGGCAUACACUGCAUCUCUGCAGUAAGGAAAAUAAGACACAAAACAUAUUUUUGGCUUAUGAAAAUUUAUUGUCAUGUUUUCACCAUCAAAACUUAUGAUCUUGGUCUUUCCUUCUUGCCUUUGUAUAAGGCCAAAAGAGAGACAUUGGCUACUUUGACAACCUUAAAGCGAACUCCAGGAAUGUCACCGACAGCGUGACCUUUGCGACCAAAUCCAGCAACCAGAACCUCAUCAUUUUCCUGGAAUAAAAUCAACAGUUUACU